AUGCUUCGCUCGAUGAAGCUAAAGUCUCUGAACCCUCACAUCACUUGUGUACUGUGUGGAGGAUAUCUCGUGGAUGCUACUACCAUCAUUGAGUGUUUACACUCCUAUGGUUGCACUCUACUAGAACAAAAUGAAGACGACCAAGAAAAUAGCAGUGAUAAAGUGGAAAUGGACGAAAAGAAAGGGUUGCAUUUGAUAGAAGACCCAAUCUUUCCCACUCGUUUUCUACGCUGUUCGUCCCAAGUCCCUGUUCACGUGCUGAAAAAGUUCGUGUUUACGAAGUAUAACAUUCCAAGUACACACGUGGCUGAAGUUGUACGAAGCGAUGAAAUCCUGAGUGAUCACCUGACACUCAGCGAAAUCUCAAGAAUAUACAGACUGCAUACGAAGUCCUUCAUCGACCUUCAAUACGUGUUCCUCAGCAAAAAUGACACCAAAUACGUUGAACAUCAUAACCAGGAGAAUACCAAUCGACAACAAGAACAACAAAUGAAAUACUACAGGAAUGCCUUUUAUCGGGAUAAAAAUGAAACUAAAAAAGAGAGUCGGAAGAAAGAGAACAGGAAGAAUGAAAUAUGGAGUAAAGACGUGAGUAUGAAAAAAAUUUUGGCGAAGGAGAAAGUAGACCAACACAAGUGUCCAGUGACUCCAGAUAGCGAUGAUCACGAUUCAAUGGUGACGGGAUUAGAGUUGGAAUCUUCUAAAAAAGCAUUGCAGUUACAAGCUUAUUAAGUCUUGUUUUCACCCUUGACAUACAUAUUUUAAGUAGCUUUAGUUUCAUUCGGAAUUGACCCUUCGGAGAAGUAUCGUGGAUGCGAGGCGUUAACAUGAAAGUACAAAAAAAAUCACACCUUUUUUCUUGACGGAAUUUGUGGCAUUUCUUUUGUAUUUCCAUGUUAACAUCACAUUCAAGACACUUUUGAGAAGGAUGUGACCCUUUUAUGGUUCAAAUAAUAUUUCUAAUUCAAUGGUUCAAUGCUUGGAUUUCAAAGCAAAGGUGCUUUUGGAUUAGAACUCAAGAUUUGAUCGAUUUGAAUUUUUGUGUGCGUCUGGUGUUGUUGAGAAGGGAGUGUUACCCUAUGCCUGAUAAACUUCGGAAAUAAUUAAACAUUGCAUGCAAGCAAAGUUUCAAUUCUAAAAUCGAGAUUUGACUUUUUCUACUGACCUUGAGCGACAAAAGAAUAAUCGUACGCGUGUGUGCAUUCACUGACGGUGCCGUUGGAAUAGUCUUAUGUUCUUAACAAAACUUUGUCCGGCGUUGGAACGUUUUCUUGUAAUGUUUGCCAUAAACUUUGCUACGGACAUCGCUCAUCUCGAAAACGUUCCUGGCACAGUUGCACCGUGUGUCAAGUCUCAGGUAUUUACAACCUAAAAUAGGCUCUGAUUUAAUUUAAACCAAUCAUCUUGAUAGUUGGUUAAUAAUAGUCGAAAAGACCAAAUCGCUUAAGAUUAUUAUCGAU